GACAGUAAAUAAUUGAGAGCUUGUCAAGAUGUAUUUCAGUCUCAUGAAGUUCUGCUGUGGUAGAGUAUGAUAAAACAUAUAACCACUGUUCGUUUGUUAGGUUAAUUGGAGCACACAGUGGGUUUUUUUUUGUUUUUUUUCUGUUAAUAGUCAGAUGUUAACUCAAUGUACAAGGUCUGAUAGGACGACCGAGAAUAAAAAAGGAGUAGAGAGUUCACGUUAUUGAUGAGAAUGAAGAUCAUUUCUGUCAUAUACUGUCUUCUCUAUGCUACAUGGACAGAAGGAAAAAGGAUCAACAUAAAGGGAUUCAGGAUGGGUGAAGUCUCAUUCCAGUGUUCACACAGUGUUGCAUGGAAAAAUCAUAAGUACUUCUGUAAGAAUCCAUGUAACAAUGAAGAUAUACUGGUUACUGUGAAAUCUGGUGAAGAAGCAAGGUCAGAGAGGAUAACCCUGGUGGAUUUGGGAAAUGGAGCCUUCACUGUGACGUUUAGUCAGCUCCAGCUUGCGGACUCGGGGACAUACCGGUGUGGAGUGGACAGGAUUGGUCUUGAUACAUUCAUUGACGUACAGCUUACUGUGGAGGAAGCUGUUGAGACAACAACUAUCAUACCUGGACUCUCUCCCACAUGGACAUAUCAGUAUAUUUCCAACUCAGCACAGUCAACAUUUGGAAUGGACAGUACGCCCACAGAUCUCACAGCAGCCUCAAACUGCACUAGUGGAGGUAGAGAAAGCUUCAGCACAGGCACUGUGUUGUUCACAUCUAUUGGGGCCUUUGCUGUGUUCACUAUUUUGGUGCUGGCUACAUGCUUCAGGAAAUGGAGGAAAAACUCAACACCCAAACCACAAGUUUGCUCCGACUGCAAAGACUUCUUCAGUGCAGAUCAAAGAGAGGCUGUCUGUGAGAACGAUAACAUUGGCAAGGACGUACAAUCGAUAAUAAAGUUAUCUGAGAGCUUCUCUUGUGCGCACCACCCAAAACAGGAUCUGCCAACAUCUGCGCCCUUAGAUGAUGAUAGUGUACCCCUUCACAUCUACGAAAACAUCUGCUGCUCCAAAGUUAUUGCUGAUUCAAGAUAUUCAGCCGCACACAUCCAAGACAAGCAUGACCUCAGCUCUGCAGUCUACAUCAAACCUUUGCCAUCCAUAAUAUCUGAAAGAACUGAUGAUAGCACUCUUGGAAAACACAGAAAUGAACCUAAAGCAACUAGAAAUGCAACAGGCAACCCUACAGAAAGUUGUGCUAGCGCUGAAUCAGCUUUUCACUCCAGCUCCUGCAGUAAUUCCAAGAAAGAAAGGCCCCCCUCUCUUUGGUUUGGCUUGGAUUUAUCAAGAACAGUCUGAGCUAUUCUCAAGGGUGUGAUUAGUAGGAUUUAGGACAGCUGUAUGCGAUAUUCUGAACAGGAAACAAGUGACUUAACAUAUGUUUGAAUACUUCCUUUUCCUUUACUCGAUAAUACUUGAUGGAGUAAAGUGAGAAAUGAAGAUUGGGUGAAAAUGAAGACAGUCCAAGCUGAGGGUGUACACAGGAUGCUGCUGAGUCCUCUCUCUUCCCCCAUUUCCUGUCUCUCUUCAGCUGGCUCUAUCCAGUAACGCAAAAAAAAAAUAAAAAAAAAUAAAUAAUAACAAGAAUGAAAUUUGUUGCUAGAGGUUUAUAGUAAAAUUUACCUUUGUGAAGCUUAAAACGUAAAAUAUUUUUCUGAAAUGUCCUUGAUUUGGAAUGCAUUCUGUGGCAAUGUGUAGAAGGACACUUGACUUGCAUUUCAUUAUUUCUGUAAUGGUGUUUUGUCUAUCUGUUUGCAUUUAAAAUAAAGAAGCAUCUGUG